CUAAAGGCAGCUUUGCCUUCAAUUCAUUUGUUUCCUGCCUAUAAGACAGUCGUGUUUUUCCAUCCAUUUAGCUGCUGGAAAGCCCAGGGAGUCCCUGCUGCUGCUCAUGGGGAGCUGGCCAGCCUUUCCUUUGCAGCAAGGCAGCUUCUGGGUUGGCUUUAAGGUGAGGUGAUUCAGCAGGCAUGAAGCAACAAGCUCCCCUUCCUAUUUCCCUCCGGAGUGCAGCAAAGGGUAUUACAAAGGAUGUUGGGGUGCCUGCAGCAGAGCUGGCUUCAUCACAGUGCUAAAUCUGACAGCAAAACAGCAGUGUCUGCAACCAACCUGGCAACAGCACGACAACAAACACAGCCUCAAGUGCCUUGAAGUGUCAUCCCGAGGCUGCGCUGGUUCAGUGCCUGUAGGAAACAUCUCAAAUGGAUGUGGGAAAUGAUCUGGUCUGCUGGGAGAUGUCUGCUGGCUCAGGCUGAGCUCUCUGGCACUGGAAGGGGAGGUGGGGCUCAUUCCAGAUGCUGCACUUCUCCUGCGCCAUGCUCUUUGUUUAUGGGGAGAGCAAUUCCCACUGAGCCAGAGAGUCCAGAAUGGAAACCUGAGCCUCAGAUCCUCAUUUCAUCCUUCCCAGCCCUAUAGCAGCUGCUUUCCCCCUUUGCCUGAUGACACGGAGCUGAUAACCCUGGAGACUGAGAGCCUGCCUAAAUCCUCACCAUGGGGAAUGGAAUGAGCAAGGUGGUCACAGGGCUCUACCUGGGGAACAUCCGUGACUCAGAGGACAGGGACAGCCUGAGGAGGCACGGCGUGACACACAUCCUCUCCGUGCACAACGGGGCCAAGCCGGUGCUGGAGGACAUGACUUAUCUCUGUAUCUCAGCCUCGGAUUCCUCCAGUCAAAACCUGAUGCAGCACUUUAAGGAGAGCAUCAAGUUCAUCCAUGAGUGUCGUCUCCAUGGGGGAGGCUGCCUUGUCCAUUGCCUGGCCGGGGUAUCCCGCAGCACCACCAUCCUGGUGGCCUACCUGAUGACAGUGACAGAGCUGGGCUGGGAGCGCUGCCUGGCUGCCACCAAGGCUGUACGUUCCUAUGCCAGCCCCAACUUCGGCUUCCAGCAGCAGCUGCAAGAAUACGAGCAGACCUUGCUGAAGGAGUACCGUGCCUGGAUUCGUCGUGAUUAUGGCAGGAAUCCCUUCAAGGACCAGGAGGAGCUGCAGAGCUUGUUGGCCCAGAAGGAGCAAAGUGGGAGCAGCGGGAGCUCCUGAACUGGUUCUCCAGCACCCACCCAUCCACUGCCCAGCAGCAGGAGCUGAUGCAUGGACAGACAGGCAGAGAGAUGUUGUCUUUGUGCCUUGCAAAACAUGACAGCCACCGUGCCCAGCGCCCAUGGAUGCAUUGGGGCAGGACCCCACAGCUGCAGUCAUGCAGGGGCUGCUCUGCUGCUGCCCUGUUGUAUGGGAAAAAUCAACUGUUAAGUGAGAAAUAGAAGGGCAGGGCCUCACUCUUCAUUAAAGCACUUUUCAGGGUCACCACAAGAGGAUCCAAUCCUUGAUUCAAGUAUUUCUAGGAAUUCCCUUAGUGGAAAUUUCUGGGUAUUGAAGCCUGUGAGUGGGACAAAGCUGGUGCUGAGCUGCCAAGAAAGGGGGUGGGUUGAUUAAAACCAUAGGGAUGGCUGCAGGGAUAGAGGGAUGGGCUGUUAUUCUACAUAGAAGUGCUGCAGUACCUGGGGAAGCAUCUUGGGCAAUUAGUGGGGAGGAAAGGCCAAUUAAUGCUGUCGAUCAAGGGAGCUGGGAGGGAAGUUGAGCAAACCUUGUAGAUAUUGCAUCGAACGCCUCGGUUAUCAUUUUAGGAAGCAGAAAAAUGGAACUCGUGCACAGGAAAAAGAGAAGAAAGUUGGUUUCUGGUGUCAAUAGGAAGUCAUCGCAGAUCUGUGAUAAGCAGAGAUUAGAUGUGCAGUAGGUGUGAUAACCUCACGCUGCCACUUCAGCACCCAUCCCACGGCCUGAUCUGCCUUGUGGGCAUCCCGGCCUUGCAGUGU